ACACCAUAUACAAAUGGCAUUCGCAACUCGUUUCACUUUCUUCUUUGCCCUCUGCGUCGCUCUCCCAUCUCUCACCUUCGCAACCGACGAGACUAAACCAUGUUCGUUCGAUAAGAUCGCCAAAGACGUUCAGAAAAUCUCAGCUCAAACUCUUGCUCUUGACGACUACGUUCAGAACGUAACUUACUACAGUGCCGGAACGGAAGUUGCCAAGCACGUUCACACCGAUCUUCAAGGUAUCACUGACGCUAUCGACGCAACCGCACGCGACAUGAAGCCUUGUCCUGCCCCUUUCUCAGAGAACACCUUCCAAACGCUCCUCUCGUCCGUCCGGAGCAUCAUCGUGGGAGGAGGCGUAUCAUCUGGUAUCAAGCAAGACCUCGAUCGUCUCCACACAUCCUCCGUGGUAUUGGAGAACACUUGGCUUGAGAAGGCACCGGAGGACCUUGAAGUCGAAGCACACAAACUCGUGAAUGAGAUCAAUAGUGUGCUUGCUUUUGCUCAGGCUGCGUACGCAUAUGCUUGAAGGAUCCUGGAUCAGUGGAUUGUCCUCGGCAGCUGAUUUAUAGAAAUGCGGCCGUCUUGUAUAGUAUAUAGCUACUGUAGUUCUCGGACGUAGAGGAAGGUGGUGGACAAUAUUGUUGGCAAAUCUUAUCCGA